AUGGGUAGCAAACUCUCCCCGCUUCUGGCCGAAGUAUUCAUGGGAGAUUUUGAAACGGACCUGGAGAAAAAAGAAAAACUUUUCCCCCGUGUUUGGUGGCGCUACGUAGAUGAUAUUUUUGCAUCCGUAAAAGAACGCUAUCUCCCACAGACACUCGAGCUCCUCAAUAAUCAACAUAGCUCGAUCAAGUUUACGGUUGAAAAAGAAAUUGAGGGAAAACUCCCUUUUCUUGAUUUGCUGAUUCAAAGAAAAGAGGAUAAUACCUUGAAAUUUGGAAUUUACCGUAAACCAACCUCAACUGAUAGAUACAUCACGGUCGACUCGAAUCAUUUUGGGGCUCAAAAACAAGCCGCCUUCCACUCUAUGGCACACCGGUUGUAUCAUAUUCCGAUGGAGAAGCCCGAGUUUGAAGAGGAAAAGCAGAAAAUAUACGAAGCCGGGAUUGUGAACGGAUACGACUAUGAUUUUGUUCGAAAAAUCCUUCGCAAACACGCCCGAAAAAAGCAUAGAAGUGAUACAACUACCUUCAGACCGGAAAAAGAAGAAUCUUACAGAGUUAGUCUACCAUUUCAUCCGAAACUAACUAAUGGUAUAAGUAAGAUUCUUCUAAAACACGGAUUAAAAACUGCGUACAAAAGUGGGAAUACUUUGAAGGAUCGGCUAGUUUCACUCAAAGAUAGGAUUCCAGAAGAGGAAAGAUCUGGAAUUUACGAAAUUCCAUGUAAGAGUUGUCCAUCGAUUUACAUCGGCCAAACCCGCCGUAAAUUUAAAGUGCGGCUCAAAGAGCAUAAGAAUGCCGUUGAAAACAAAAGGAUCAAUGAAUCGAGCGUGGCCGCCCACACAACAGAAUUUGACCAUUCCAUUGACUGGGAAAAGGUCAAAUUUAAAAAAUGCGUACGCAAACCUGGACACCUUAACGCUUGGGAGUCUAUGUUCAUCAGCACGGCCGAGAAACCGUUGAUGAACGAAGACGACCCGCCGAUUAUAUCUCCGCUUUUCAACCUGAUCAACCAAAAGUUCGCAUGA